CGUUGUCUGUAAACCAUACUAAGAAAAGGUUUCUUGCUUGCUCCAUCAUGUUCAAUAAGUUCACAAGCAACAACAUCUACAUGCCUCUCUCUACCCUCUGACCUGUGCUCCCCUUUUCUUCACUCACAUAACAUAUACAUGAACCAACUGGCCCAAAACCCCUCAAACCCUUGGAUUUGGCAGCCAACCAUGAACGCUCACAACCCCCAUUACUCCCAAAUGCAUCGGCAACAACAAGAAGGAACAUACAUCAAAGAGCCCAUGUUCGAAAAGCCAUUAACACCGAGCGACGUCGGAAAGCUCAACAGGCUAGUGAUACCAAAGCAGCAUGCAGAGAAGUACUUUCCUUUGGACGGUGAAUCGGGAGAGAAGGGAUCGCUGCUUAGCUUUGAGGAUGAAUUGGGAAAGCAAUGGGAGUUCAGGUAUUCUUAUUGGACCAGUAGCCAGAGCUACGUGCUUACUAAAGGAUGGAGCAAGUUCGUGAAGGACAAGAAGCUUGAUGCUGGUGAUGUGGUGAUUUUUCAAAGGUUUAGAGGUCAUGGGACCGACGAGAGAUUUUAUAUCGAUUCUAGGAGACGAGGUUCUAUUGAAGCGAACAGCCGCGUUGUGGCGAGGCCUGAUGCUGAAAAUCCAUGGAGCUCUUGUGCGAGUCCUCACGGCUACAUGAACUCAGUCAAUUCAGGACAGCAGGCCAGUAGCUCGACGAGAGGGAGUUCGAGGAGGCUGAGGCUGUUCGGGGUGAACUUAGAGUGCGGGCCUGAUCCUGCAGAACCUGAGCAUUUGGCGUCAGGCUCGUGGAAUUAAGUUCAGGCGCACCGAUAUAUGCCCUCAACCUAUUACUUCCAGUUCACAGUGUAAGCAAAAUGUUCGUCCUAAAUACGAGAUCAAUUCUGAAGAAGAAUUAAACCAUUCUUUGCUGAGAAGAAAAGGUAUCGAUGCUACAGGAAAGCCAAGUGGGCAAUGAAGGAGGAGGGGUAUGGAGAUAUGAGGUCUUGUUCUCAAAAUCUCACCAACCAAUCAAAUCUCUUUUAAGUGCUCAACCCAAAUGACAUUUUGAUAGGCUAAUUUGUAAAAUGAAUGAGAGAGAGGGUGGAGAAAAUUCCUGAUUUUGAGGGCUCUCUCUCUCUUUCUUUUUCUCUCAAUCUCCUUUCAUUCGGAAGAAAAUGAAACCUGUCGUACGGCUCUGGAGUCUGAUAUAGCAUCAGAGUGAGGUCUCAGAAAACAUCAGGUUGAUUGAAAAGAGUAGAUGGGACCCAGAAACUUACUAGGUCCCAUAAACUCCUCUGCCUCCUUGCUAAUGUAUGUAAUAUUUUGAUGCGAUGCCAUAU